GAACACACCUGUCCUCGUGCUGGCGGACUUGCGGCUGGUGUCUAACCAGUCAGACGGCUUGUCUCUAGUCCAGCCUGUCAACAACACUGCAACCUGAGACGGGGUAGCCAGCCAGUCGGCUCGCUAACUAAACCAGCUAAGUUAGCUACGCUGCUAGCCCAAGUGUUAACCAACUGUGUCACGAGUCGUUAUAACUCCGCGAGGUCGGGUAGAUGCGUGUGAAGUUGUUUUGACAAGAGAAGAGGCAACACGGACUUCUCUGUUUUGGCUCCUUCAAGUCCUUCCUGUUGUGUGAUAUGACAUCGGUGCUUGGUUACAACAGAAGCCAGAGCUCUACGGCAGCAGGCGGUCGACAUCUGGUCAGGUGUGUAUUUUUGCAGCAGUGUAAGGCACUCCCAAGACAAAGUCCACAGUAAUGGCUAGAUAGAGUGAGUGCUACGAGCCUAAUCGUGCAGUUGAAGAGGAUGGCUCAGGUGGAGGUUCAGGCUGGGGAGGUAGGGAGGACAGUGGUGGGAGUUCGGCCUCACCUCAGUCCCCUGACUGACUCCAGCAAUAAGAGCCUCAUCGAGAUCCCCUCCAUCAACCAGUCCCAUAUCAUCACUCCAGAACCUAACAAACCUGUCCCCGCCCCUAAGCCACGGCUCACUCCUAAACCUUUUGCUUUAGAGAAAAGCCCCACUAUUAAACCCAUACUUGCCCCUAAGCCCCAAACCAAGCCCCGGCCAGAGCCCACUCGCCUCGUAGGAUACAAACCAGAGCUUCCAUGCAGUGUGACACCACAGCAACCAGUUGACGCUGGCAAACCCAGGCCGGUGUCAACCAGCUCCAACCGUCCAGCCCCAACCUCCUUUAAAACAUCUAAUAAGUUGAACACUGGACAAACAACCAAGCCAGUAGUCCAGCCAUUUAAACCAGCCCCUCCUCUUGACCCCGACUCCAGGAAACCCAGUCCGCCUAUUCCAGCGGAGAGGCGAAAAUCUGGUGCAUCAAGCUUGGCUUAUUCCUGUAGCCUUAAACAGCUUCCAGCAGCAGAGUGGUCUGGAACCACUAAAAAGGAAGAUGAGAAGGACCAGAUGACAUCCAGCAGAGGUAAGCCUUCCAUGACCAGAGCCAAGUCCAUGGGUUUUCUUGCUCAGAUAGGGCGGGAGGAAGAAGAAGAAGAAAAGGAAAAAGCCAAUCCUGAGGCAGCAGUGCCACUGCGACCCAAGCCCAGAGUCUCGAGACAGGCGAGACCUGUAUCAGCCAUUUUCCUUCACACUCCAACCAAGACGGAGCCACCAGUUCCUGCUCCUCGCGUGGCCAGGAGACGGCCACUUUCAGCUGAUCUCACAUCAAAGUUUGAGUCUAUAGGUCUUUCACUGCACCGUAAAACUCCCAAGGCAAAUACUAAGGAGAACACUCCAGAGGAGAAGGCACUGCCCCAGAAGAGAGAGCAGGAGACAAACUCUAAGAGCACCACACCACAAAGUACCGAGGGUGUAGCUAAGCCUGCUGUCUCAGACCAAAGCAAGACAGAAGAAGUUAAAGAGACGGAUGAAGAUAAGGCUGCGGUUAGCGUCAAGUCUCGAAUCAGUCUGCUCCUCCAGUCCUCCCCUCUUGAGGCAGGUGCCACAGGCCAAGGGUCAGAUGUUCAAUCUCCAGUGCAGCCAGUCCCUGAAAUCGAACCACCAGUAGGUGUUAAACAGCUCAUCAAGCAGCUGACAGAGGACACGACACCGACUCAGAGCCCUGUUCUGAAACCAUCACUGAAGGCCCGCCCCUUGCCCCUCGACCUGACUAAAAGGUUUUCAUCUGAGCGGUCGCCAGACCUUGAGGCAGCAGACCGCCAUGAGAUCAGCAGAGAUCUCCAGUGGAGGAUUGAAGAGUCAGCUUUCACCCCCAGCGACCAGAGGACCUUUGUGGAUUUAAAAGAUCCCCAAGAGCAGCUCACAAAGGCCUCCACGCCUGAAGGGCCUGAGGCGGGCCAGAUGUUUGGUGCCACUCCCAAGGAGGGUGUUCCCAGCAGUGACGUGCAGACUGUGAGAGCAUCCUUGUUUGAAAAUGUUGUGGAGAGGCACAAUGUGCUGGUGGUGGACGAGGGCAAGCCUGUAAACAAGGCGAAGGAUUUGUUUAGAAGCCUGUCAUUUAAGGGAGGAAGUAGUGAGGUUGGUGGAACUCUGGUCACUGCCACCUACAAAGAGCCCAUAUCUCCAUCAAGCCCUCUGAGGGUGUUACAUGCUUUUGACACUGUGCCGGCAGUGGAGGAGAGCAGGGCAGUGAGUGAGGACAUCCAAUCGGCUCAGCGGGAAGAUAAGGCCAUGACACUACGCUCCAGGCGCUCAGAAGGGAGCAGACCCGUGGCAGAGAGGACUGGUUCAGCACGCAGUGAACCAGCUGCGGCUGUGACGCUAGAACAGCAGCCACGAUUUCUGAGAGUCGGAGCUUUGCAGAAAUGGACCACUACAGAUCUUGAUCAAGAGGCAAAGGAAUUGCAACCUUUGGAUAAAGACAGAGGCAAGCAGAGAGAGGCGGAACGGGAGGAAGUGGCUGCAGCCCCUAAACGUUUCAAAAUGCUGCCGGCAGAAGAACAGCAGAAACCCAGGGCAACCUACUUUGCUUUGACUGGACAAAUUCAGGAGCCAGGUUCUCCUGUCAAUGCAGCGACAAGAAUAGGGGACACGACUGUGCCCUUUGACUUCUCUGUGAGGUCUGCACUGGACAGCUCUCAAGGGAGGAUUGUUCCACUAAGGAGGAAUCCGUCAUUAGAUAAAGCUUUUGGACAAACCUCUCAAGAUCAAGUUGAGGAGUUGAUGAUGAGGAGUCACAUGUCGCACGGGGAAAUUAGAUCAGCGCUGGAAGGACAGACGACAAUGGAAAUGAUGGAAAUUGAAAAGAUAAGAGAACUUAAAAUGAAAGAGACUGAGAGGGAAAAACAGAGACAACUGGAAAUGGAGAGAGAAGCACAUUUAGAAUUUGCACGAAUGAAGGAGAGGGAGAUGCAAAGAGAAUUUGAAAGGCAAAGACAGAAAGCCUUUGAGAGGGAGAAGCAGGAAUUUGAGGAGAAACAACGUGCACUGGAAAGGCAGAAACAGAUGGAGCUUGAAAAACUGAAAAUGCUAGAAUUGGAGAAAGAGAGACUAAGAGAACUGGAAAGGCAAUGGCAACUUGAGAAAGAAAAACGAGAAUUGGAGAGACAGAGAAUGAUUGAAAGAGAGAAACUGCGAGAGCAGGAAGUGGAAAGACUGCGUGAACAGGAGAGGCUAAGACAAAAGGAGGAAGAGAGGCAGAGAGAGCUGGACAGGGAAAGACAGCUCCUGGAAAUUCAAAGGGAGAAACAGAAAAUGGAGGAGCUGGAGAGGAUGAAAGAGCUGGAGAGACAACAGCUCUUAGAGUUUCAAAAACAGAAGCAGAAAGAAAAGGAGAGGCAGCAGCUCAUGGAGCUCGAGAAGCAGAGGCUUAGAGAGAAGAAGGAGAGAGAGGAGGCUGAGAAAAUAAAACAGAUGGCAUUAGAGCAGGAAAUGUUAAGAAUGAAAGAGCUUGAAAAAGAAAGGGAACGACAAAGGGAGAUGGAGAAGGAGCGUCAGAAAGAGAUUGAGAAGGAAAAGCUGGAGAGACAGAGACAAAAAGAUUUAGAAAGGGAGAGACAGAGACAACUAGAUAUUGAGCGACAGGAAUUAGAAAAACAGAAGCUCAGACACCGAGAACAGGAAAAGGAAAGGCAGAGGAAGGAGUUGGAGAGAAUUAAAGAGAUGGAGAGAAGACAGCUCUUGGAGUUUGAAAAGCAAAAGCAGGCAGAGAGGGAGAGACAACUAAAUUCGGAGCUUGAGAAAUUCAGACUGAAGGAGAUUAUGGAAAGAGAGGAGGCAGAGAAAAUGAGACAGAUAGCCAAACAGUAUGAAGCAGAAAGGCAGCGUCUAAAAGAGAAGCAGAAGAAAGAGGAACAGGAGAGGGCAUGGUUGGACUCCUCUCCUCUCAGGCCUAAAGUGGUGGAUCUGGACUCGGUUCUCCGAAAAGACUCGUUUUCCAAGGCUACUCCUCAGCGCAGUGACUUUGCAACACGAUGGAAGGAGCCAUCUCCGAGAGCAGAAGAGUCCUACAGACCUGCUAUCCUUGACAUAGACUCUUUCACAUCUCAAGCAAUGUUCUCUCCCAGUAAAGACGUGCUUCCUGUUUCUGGUAUUCAGGGUGUAGAUGCUGGAUUUGGAGCUAGAUCACAGCCUACACCUGAGAGAGAUGUUAGCUGGAAGGUGCCUGCACAGACCUCAGGAGGUUUCACAAGCCCAGUAUGGACAAUGUCACCUCAGGACCCGUGGGAGCUGCGGCCUGUUGAGAUGUCUGUGGACAAACCUGUGGCUGAACCCAGAAAACAACCACCCAAACUCAGCCCAGAACAGCUCAGCCCGGACGAAUGGCUCCCAGCUCCACAGAGGCACUGGUCUGCCGUCCUGGAUGAGCCACUGCGUUUGGCCCCUAUUCCCAGGACAGAGGACAAAACCGCAGGCUCUCCAGGUGGAGUCCCCAUCAGCGCUACUGCAGAGCAGAUAUGGAUCCCCAGAGAGUCACAGCCUCAAGACAGCAGGGGAAUGGUCCGGGGCCACAGGAGAGCACAGGGAUCUCAGGAGCUGAACCGGAUUCGGUCUCGCAGCAUGUGCCGGCGAUCAGUCCCUUCAAGCAGUGCUGUGGAGGAAAGCCUUACCAGGAUGAGGAGUCGCAGCGCCCACAGAGAGCAGGGCCGCCACAGCUGGGUGCAGCAGAAGCAGAAUGGUGAAGAGGAGGGGAGGGACUCAGAAACACUGGUCCGUGACAAUGACAGUCAGUAUGGGACCUGGGAGACAGGACUGCGCACUGAUGACAGCCUCACACCUGCCACUCCCAGUUCAGAAAGCAAUCUCAGCCCCUCACCAAGGAAGCCCACUCCCCCACACACGCCAGGUGACCACGGCUCACAGUUUGACACUGACACUCCGGACAGCCUCCCUCCCUCGUCCUCAUCUGAGAGCCGGUCACUCCCUUUCCCUGAUGCCCCGACCGCCCUGUUAGACACCAGCGCUCUUCGCUCCAGAGCCCAGCUGGGGAAGAAACGAGCCCCGCGGACACGGCCCUCCAAGGCCGCCCGUCAGAGUGCGGCGCUGGCAGAGGCAGAGGGAGAGGGAGGCGCCACCGAGGACUGGCUUUACCGAGACUCCACAGAGGCAAAGGUUGAGAGUAAGGACGAUGACUCGGACUCCGAGGAGCGGGCCAGAGGAGCUGACGCCGGCCCUGUUGUCGCCUCCCAGCCACAGAGGGUCGCUCUUUUCCCUGGGAUGGACCCUUCAGCUUUAAAGGCCCAUCUGAAGAAGAGGGGCGACUCUGACAAUCAAAUCGACGGACCCUCUCCUUCCCAGCUUUCUCGCUCUCCUAAGUCCCCCUUCCUUCCCAGGGCAGCGCGUGUACUGCCCCCGCCUGGUGGGAAAGAAAAUGGUGAGGAGGACUCUCCCCAGUGGUUGAAAGAGCUGAAGUCCAAGAAGCGCUUGAGCCAGUAUGAAAAUGAGAGCUAAGUAAAUAAUGAGGUUGCCUUAACAGAUGAAUCUAUAUGAAACAGAAGCCUUAACGUUCGACCCAGAGAGUAGAAGAGUUGAAUCUACAGCUGCUGAUGUUUUGUUUGUUUUUUUUCUAUUUGUUUUUGUUGUCUUCCCGCCUGGGUUGAUAAAUGUGCAUGGUGCCUUGUUUUUUUUUUUGUUUUUUUAUUGUAAUGGAGAGUCUCUGUCGUAUGGAAAAAUGAGCUAAGGUGGAGGGGGCGACAUCAGGCUGCUCUACUUUAUCCAUGUCAUGCUUGAACCUGUGGACACUCUUCUGUACCAGGAGUCACUUCACAUGGACACUUUAUUAGGGACCAGGAGGAGAGAUGGGUGGGAAAGGGAGAAAAGGCAAUUAUUGGUUAACCUGUGGGACCACGACGCGUCUUUACCCUGGUCGUGCUUCAUCACAUGCUGGAGGACAAUCCAGCCAAGAUGUAUUUAGUUUCCUAACUCUGCUAAUAAGUUGGCUGUGUCUGCGUCGGACGUAUAGAUGUGUGCUAUCAGACAGUGGAGGUUAUUGAUGGGAGCCAUACAAGCAUUGCCAUAGGAUAACAUUUCAGACGCUAAUGAUUUUCCUUCUUGAACGUAGAGAACAAAUAACUGCUGACUUUUGAUUGUCAGCGAGAGUGUAUAUCAUGUUAGUAACUGUAAUCAGGAGAUGUUAUAUUUGUAUUAUAUGAUUGAUUUAACAAAGACAGAGAGCUAGUUUUGAAAAACAUUAAGGUGCAUCACCACCAUAGAGGCUCCAGAGCCUUUUACUUUGAUACACUCCACAAUUGUUGCUGCAUACUGUUUGUCUUUUUUGUCUAAAUAUCACUGUGGGAGAGGGACGGGGGACUUUUGGCCAAGUGACUUAGCUUCUGUCAAUCAUGAACACUCCUUAUCAGCACAACUAUUAUGAGAACGCUAAUCAGUCUGUCUUCCUUCCUGUAAUAGAUUGAAUGAUUGUAGCUGCAGGUUCAUUAUAAGCCAUACUUUCACCUUUCAGCCCUCACACACACACACUCCGCCAUCAUGUUUUCUCCAACAAAUGUGCAAUUUCCCACUAUUUUGUCCCCAUUGAUGUGCAUGCACAAUCUUUGCUGUCAAACUAGGCGUUGCUCAGACUGACUGGCUCAGUGUCGGGGUGUUGGCUUACACUACUCCAGUGGAGGGAUGGUUUGUUCACUACAUUGUUUAAACAACACAACCGUCUGUAAUGCCCGAGAUAUUUGCGCCGGCUUCACAAAUGAACAGUAAUCUUUCUCCUCAUGAUUGACAUCCAUCCACCCAAUCACUCUGCUCUUCUAAAAAGCACUUUGUCACUUGAUGCACUACAGCACUGACCUCUGCCCCGUCUUGUUGGCCAUGUCUUGUCUCCUGUAUUGUUGGAGCGCUCAUGCAAUGCAAAGUGAAUGUGUUGAUCGAGUCCCCGAUUGUCCCUGGUUUCUGUGUACAUGACGUUUUACGUUGUGAUAAAAUGUGAGGGUUUAUUUUUUAUGUCCUUCUUUGUCCAUUUUUUUUAUUUGGAAGUAAAGAUGUAUAUUGCACUGUGUUGUACUGGCCAGUGUCCUAAAGUGAAUACAUUCUUAAUAAAAUUUACUUGACUUGA